AACAAAUAUUAGAUUACUUCCUCCUCCCACUGAACCGGCCCAACAAACGCAAGAGCAUGAAAUUCCAAAAUCACAGCCUGCACAUAUGUCCAGGGUCACAACGACAAAAUUCACGUUGCCCUCUCAUGCUGACAUUCGAGAAUUUGCGAAUGGGGGAGUUCUUAUGGGUUGGAUAGAUUUGGUUGCGGGCAUUUCGGCCAGAAAACAUUCUAUGCAUCCAUGUGUCACAAAGUGUUUUGACGCUGUGCACUUCAUGAACCCAGUUUUAGUAGGAGACGUUGUCUUACUUCAAGCUAGUGUUAACAGGGCAUGGAAUACAUCAAUGGAGGUUGGUGUGCGAGUUGAAACGGAAAAUCCAAUAACUGGAAAACGAAGAUAUUGUUGCCACGCAUAUUUAACCUUUGUUGCCCUCGCACCAACAAGUACUCAGGUUUCAGGAGCAUCAGCUUAUCAGAAUGUUAAAGCAUCAGUGCCACAGCUUAUUCCCAAUACACCAAUCGAGAUGCAACGAUAUGAAUUGGCAGAACAACGCCGGCAAGCACGCUUAGCUCAUUUUUUACAUGAGGAUGAACAUGGUCGAAGGGAACAAACUAGAUUAGCUGAGAUUAGGAAUAUCAUGCGAACUUGGUCUGAACUUAGUAACGUGGAAAAGAAGAGUAAUGCUGAAGUCCCACCUCUGUUACAGGAACCAGAUGCUUAUGAUGAGGACAAAAACGACGGAAAUGACGAAAAUGAUCCAGCUAAAUUAUAUCUGAAUAGAAGAAGGUCAAUAUAUCGAGACUCUCUUCUAGUACAACCAGAUCAAAGAUUUAUUUCCGAAAGCUUUGCAGAAGUCAUGGAAGUCAUAUUACCCCAGCACGCAAAUACUUUACAGAUUACAUUCGGUGGUCAAAUUAUAGAAUGGAUGGAGCAAAGCGCUCGAAUUAGUGCGUUAAGACAUUCGAGAAAAUUUGUGUUAUCGGCUAGUAUCGAUUCUCUGCAGUUCAUUAAACCAACUUAUGUUGGUUAUUCCAUUACAGUACGUUCAAUAGUAUCAUGCACAUUUCACUCUAGCAUGGAGAUAUAUUGUUUUGUGGAGGCUAGGAAUUCGUUAACCGGUGAAAAGUUCUUCACAAACGAUGGAUUCUUUACGAUGGUUGCCGUUGAUUUUAACAAUAUUCCAGUACGAGUUCCACGUGUUGUUCCGGAAAAUGAACAAGAGGAACAAUUGUUCGCAGGAGCAGAAGUAAGAAGGACACGUAGACUUCAACAGCGUAGAGAAUUAGUUCAAAAAGAGUUGUCGACACAUCCUGAGGAAUUUGUGCAGUUCAGCAAUGUAACAUAA